AUGCUUGGAACCUCUAUGGUUAUUGGCGACGGCAUCCUCACUCCGUCCAUCUCAGUUUUAUCGGCCGUGUCAGGGCUUAAGAAAGCAACAAGUACCAUAACAGAAGGAAGGAUCGUUGUGAUAUCUGUGGUAAUCUUGAUGACGUUAUUCAUGGUUCAAAGGUUUGGAACUGACAAAGUUGGAUACACCUUCGCCCCCAUUAUUUGUGUAUGGUUCUCCCUCAUUGUUGGAGUCGGUGUCUACAAUUUUUUCAAGUUCGACCCUUCUGUCGCUAAAUCCAUAAACCCUAAAUACAUCAUUGAUUACUUCAAACGAAACAAAAAGGACGCCUGGAUUUCACUUGGUGGCAUCGUCCUCUCCAUUACAGGAACCGAGGCGAUGUUUGCUGAUGUUGGACACUUUACAGUCAAAUCGAUACAAAUAAGCAUGGGUUGUGUGGUUUAUCCGGCCUUGAUCACAGCAUAUAGUGGUCAGGCGUCGUGGCUAAGAAAACACAAAGAUGAAGUGGUGGACACGUUCUAUAACUCGGUUCCCGAUGGGUUGUACUGGCCGGUGUUUGUAGCAGCUGUUAUGGCGGCAAUUAUAGCAAGUCAGGCGAUGAUAUCGGGGACAUUUUCCAUCAUUAAACAGUCGCUUUCGCUAGGGUGCUUUCCUCGAGUUCAAAUUGUUCAUACUUCGACAAAGUAUGAAGGACAAGUUUUCAUACCGGAAAUGAACUAUCUUCUUAUGAUCGGUUGUGUUCUUGUUACCGUUACAUUCAAAACUACAGAAAAGAUCGGACAUGCUUAUGGAAUCGCGGUGAUAUUUGCCGAGACGCUUACAUCAUCAUUCAUGGUUGUGAUCAUGCUCGUCAUAUGGAAAACGAACAUACUUCUAGUGAUCUUAUAUGUUCUUGUGAUUAGCACCACGGAAUAUAUCUACUUAAGCUCGGUUCUCUACAAGUUCAGCCAAGGUGGAUACUUGCCAUUCUUGUUUGCAAUCGCGCUAGUGUUCAUAAUGUGCACAUGGAACUACGUUUACCGUGCGAAAUACAACUACGAGAUUAAUCACAAAGUCUCACAGGAAGUCAUAAAAGACAUGAUUAUGGACAUAAACAUUAGUCGUAUGCGAGGACUCGCAAUCUUCUACUCUGAGCUCGCCCAUGGCAUUCCCCCAAUCUUUAAACACUAUGUUGACAAUGUACCUGCUUUACAUUCGGUUAUUGUGUUUGUUUCAAUCAAGUCGUUGCCAAUAAGUAAGGUUCCUACAGAAGAAAGGUUCUUGUUUCGUAGAGUGAAGCCAAACGAGUUGUAUGUGUUUAGGUGUGUAGUGAGGUAUGGGUACACGGAUGUGCGCAAUGAGAAUGAGUCAUUUGAGAAGAUUUUGAUCGAACGCUUAAAGGAUUCUAUUGAAUCUGAUUAUGGAGUACUUGAAGAACAAGGUCGUACUGUAGAAGAGGACAUUGCGACACUAGAGAAAGCAUCGCGAGCUGGAAUCGUGCAUUUAGUGGGCGAGCACGAGAUUGUUUCGAGGAAAGGGUCUUCCAUUGGGAAGAGAAUCUUAAUAGAUUAUGCUUACAAUUUCAUGAAGAAGAAUUUGCGGCAAAGUUACAAUGUGUUUGAAAUUCCUCAGAAACGGAUGUUGAAGAUAAAUAAGAUGAACUUCGAUGUUGGUGAAGAGAUGAAGUUAUCGGACAAGAGUAUCCUUUCAUUUGUUCCUGUGAUCAACGAUGGACUAGAAAUUGACCAAAAAAUAUAUGUCGACAAAGAACACCCACCCAGUGUUAAUGCGCCCUAUACAAAAGUGGAGGCAAUGAAGUCUGGGUCAUCACUAAGGGAUUCAAAGGAGGAGGAACAGGGUAUGCUAAAAAAGAAUAUUAAGAAGUUCGACAAAUUAAUGAAAUAG